UCACUCAGCAUUUAUGCUUCUGCUCAGCGCACAGUGAGAAACAUUACUGGAAGUUGAUCUAAACCAGAAGACUGAUUAUGAAAAAUGACUGUCAGUUAACGUUAGGAAUGCCAGAUGGACAACAAUAAAGCAACCGACGAAAGUGGGGAAUAACAAGGAGCAAGUCCACUUACAGUGCAGUCAGAGGAGAGUGGAGAAGAGCUUGAUGUGCUGCAGUGUGACGUGGAUGGAUGUGGGAUUUCUCCCCCGUUCUGUGUGUUGAUGUGAUUGGUGCCCAGAGUUCACCGCUUCACAGGCUGCUGCUGCCCCGGAGCCAGAGCACAGGAAUUCACUCUCGCAGAGACUAGCGCACACACACGCACCGAGACACUUACACGCAUUUCACACACACACAGACGGCACAUGGACAGAUACAUACUCUGGCAGUACUUCAGAGCGAUAACUGCACUUGUGGGUUAAACAGAGUGUUGCACUCACCUUUUUGACAGCUGCCACAUCCAUUCUGACCUUCUUCUUUUUUUUCUUACCACGUUUUCUUCAAGUUUACAAAAAAAAAGUGACUUUCCUCUCUCCUCGUUGUCCUCAGGGCAGGAAGGCGCUUGUCUUUAGUUGUUGAGGUAACAGCAUUCGGAGGUUUUAGGACUAGUUGCUCUUUGUAGCGUCAGCAUCCUUGCCGUGGUAAAGCUGUCUGCGGGGGCUCGCCGUCAGCAUGCAGGUGUCUUUUGUGUGCACGGACCACCGAGCUGUCAGCCGCAGCACAGAGGACCGACUGAACCGACAGAACACCAACAGCCCGAGUUUGGGGACCAAAAGCAAGUUUCGUGCUGUGGCCAUGGUGGCCCGGAGCCUGGGCCAACUGUCUGUGCAGAACAUGCCUUCCUCUGGUGACCACUGCUUGAGAACUGGCAUGAAAUAUAGGAACCUUGGGAAAUCUGGCCUACGGGUGUCAUGUCUAGGAUUGGGCACAUGGGUGACAUUUGGUGGUCAAAUAACCGAUGAGAUAGCUGAGCAGCUGAUGACGGUGGCGUAUGAGAACGGUAUCAAUCUGUUUGACACAGCCGAGGUGUAUGCGGCAGGGAAGGCUGAAAUGGUUCUCGGCAGUAUCAUCAAGAAGAAAGGAUGGAGACGUUCCAGUUUGGUCAUCACCACAAAGAUAUACUGGGGUGGAAAAGCAGAAACCGAGAGAGGCUUGUCCAGAAAGCACAUAAUAGAAGGUCUAAGGGCGUCACUGGAGAGACUUCAGUUAGAGUAUGUGGACGUAGUGUUUGCUAACAGACCUGACCCCAACACGCCAAUGGAAGGAGAUCCAUUUAACACUUCAAAAUCAAGAACAUUCAUCAUAGAAGAGACGGUUCGAGCGAUGACCCAUGUGAUUAACCAGGGCAUGGCCAUGUAUUGGGGCACGUCCCGCUGGAGCUCCAUGGAGAUUAUGGAGGCGUACUCAGUGGCACGACAAUUUAACCUGAUCCCACCCGUCUGUGAGCAGGCCGAAUAUCACAUGUUUCAGAGAGAAAAAGUGGAAGUACAGUUGCCAGAACUCUUCCAUAAGAUUGGUGUGGGAGCCAUGACGUGGUCUCCACUGGCCUGCGGAAUCAUCUCAGGGAAGUAUGACAGCGGUGUGCCUCCUUAUUCCAGAGCCUCUCUCAAGGGCUACCAGUGGUUGAAGGACAAGAUCCUGAGUGAGGAAGGCCGCCGUCAGCAGGCGAAGCUGAAAGAGUUGCAGGCCAUUGCGGAGCGGCUGGGCUGUACGCUGCCCCAGCUGGCCAUCGCGUGGUGUCUGAGGAACGAGGGGGUGAGCUGUGUGCUGCUGGGGGCCUCCAGCACUGAGCAGCUGAUGGAGAACAUAGGAGCCAUUCAGGUUCUUCCAAAAUUAACAUCAUCAAUUAUACAUGAAGUGGACAGUAUCCUAGGCAACAAGCCCUACAGUAAAAAGGACUACCGGUCUUAAAAAGGAAAGCCAGUGACACUGUGUCGACCUGCUUCUUUCUCUGAGAUCUGACUGAAAAAACAUUGGCACAUGGGACCAGCACUGUCACGGGUCCUGCAGGAGACGCCAACUUGCACACUACAUGGAGUCUGCCGACAUUAGCCUGAUAGGAGGCCAAGAAGCGCACGGGCAGAAGGGAAGCAUGCUCACGUACAAAUCAGCUAGACCGGCUCAAAAAGCAGAACGCCGCUUCAAGAAACCACUGAAAUCAAGCGCACCGGCUCGCUUCUUCCUCCCCUUUGAAGUAGUACAGUAUUAGAGAUCCAGAAUUUGUACUUAGUCUAGAAAUGCAUGAGAUCCGCUGGCCAUGGCACAUGCUCCCCUUCCCCCUACAUUUUGGAAAACAAACACAUUUGCAUACGCUCACAGGAAGUAGUGAAGCUGAUGAAGCACUUUGGCGAAUGCAGAAAGUUACAUGACUUAAUAGACUAAUAAGGCAUUGGAUGUUACUAGUUUUACAUCGAAAUUGUUAGCCAAUAUAGUGCUUGUUUACAAGACCUCGUUUAUACAAGCUACGUCAUUUCAGGCUGUGUUUUUGUUUUAAACAUAGAACGGGAAGCUAUCUUAGAGUUACACAUAAUAAUAUAUAAAGCUUGGGUUGUUAGACAUGAAAUAGCUACAGGCCUCAACAAAUGUGCAAUAUUUGAAAGUGUUUGUAAACCGACUGUUCUUUUUUUUCUUUUUGCUUUUAAAACCGUUUUUAACCUCACAGACUAUAUAAGAUUGACAUACUGUUCAUGUUGCUUAAGCUUACCAAACAUAGACAGUAAUAUAGCAAAUGAAAGCUUACGAUUAUUGAUCUAACACAAAGAAUAAUUAUCAAAAAGUAUGUGGAAGUUCUGGGGAAAAAACAGGCAUUUGUGUCACAUUUUUGCUCCGAUUAGUACUUGCCACAAACUUCAUUAUCAGCUUUUAGAUGUUAACUUUAAAUGAUGCGUUAGUGAUUAGUUUUGCCUUAACACAUUUGUGUCGCCGUCGAUUGCGUCAUCACGUGAUGUGUCGCGUGUAGGUCUCUGCAGGCAACUUAAAGGGAGUUACCAAACCAUGGCGUUUUUUUACACCUUGUACCUGAUUGGCUGACCUCGUAGUGAGGGUGGGUUUAGGUCAUUUUGUUUGCAUGAUUGAGAAACACCCAGGGGUUUGAAAAGGCCCAGAAAUUGAGAAACGCCCCCUUUUGCUCUGCAGAGGCCUUAAUCUCCAUACGUCUGAAAAGUCCACAAUCACAGCUCUCAAAACACACGUUGAUCGACAUCCUAGCCCCACCGUUAUCGACUUCUGCCUUUCCAAACGUGAGGGAGGAGGGCGCCCUGAGCUAGCCGCUCGAUCCAUACACAGUGGAUCACGUUGGACUGAGAGCAAAUACAAUGAUAAUUAAGAAUUAUUCCACCCAUGUGUUCAAAUUGAUGGCCUUUUGUGUAAAAUGAGGCAGUUUUUAUCAAUUUAACCAAACUAUGCAAGUAUGGUAAUGUUUUGAAUUCGGGAAUGCCCAACCUCUCAAAAAUUGGAAAAUAGAGACCCCCUAGAGGACACCACGUGACUCUCUACAAGGAAAUUUUAAUAACCUUUUAAAUAAAUUAUUAAAUUAAGGAUCCCCUUU